GCACAAAACUCAAUUCUUCUUGUUCAAAUUAUCGUCAACAUGCUGCCUCUAUUGUACCAAGCUCUUGCCGUCGUUGGCGUCUUCUGUGUUACUUUUCCAGUGGUGGUACUGUACCAGAACCGUCGUCCCAAGAUCAAUUUGCCCGGUCCAAAAGGAUGGCCACUUAUUGGACUUGGCCUCGAUCUGCCUCGAAGACCACGGCAGAUGUUGAACGACUAUCGAGAGAAGUACGGUGACAUGUUUCAAAUGCGCCUUGGGUGGUAUGACUGGGUUUUCUUCAACAACCCGCGGGACGUUAAGGAAGUUUUUGAUAGGAAGGCAGCGAUCACCUCACACAAAGUAGCUUUACCCAUGGCUCACGAUUAUGUCAUGGGAGACAAUGGCAUCUUAUCCAUGACCUACAGUCCCAAGUGGAGGAGAAUGAGGGGAUUCAUGCACCAAAUCUUGACUCCCAAGGCUUCCGCUGCCUUCAUUCCUAGUCAAGAAUUCGAGAUCAAGCAGCUUUUGAACGAUUUUGCUGGGGAAGAAGGGAAAAACAGUACAGACUUUUACAUGUUCAUUCGCCGCAUGACCUUUUCGAUCAUGAUGACUUCGACGUACGGCACCAGAAUCCCGGAAUGGGAUUGCGAGGAGGUCAGGGGCGUGUAUGGCAACAUGAGAAUUCUGUCUAUAAUCUUGAGACCAGGGACAUUCUGGGUAGACGUUUUCCCACCUCUGCGCAUCUUCCCUCGCUGGAUAAUGCCGACAUAUUGGCUGUUGGCCAGGAAGUGCAAGAAGUUCAUGCAGGAUAGCACAAUGAAACAUUGGUACAAGCUCAAGGAGAAAUACCAAAACGGCCAAGCUCCAGAGUGCUUCGCAAAACACCUUAUGGAAGCCAAUUACGAGGAGAUGGGACUGGAUGAAGUCACAAUGAGCUGGCUCGCCCACGCUGUCCCCGAAGCUGGUGCAGAAACCACGGCCAGUGCCCUCAACAGUCUGUUGAUGCACCUUGCCACGCACCCCGAAGCACAGGAAACCGCAGCCCAAGAAGUUACCUCAGUGCUAGGAGACUCGCGCCUGGCCAACAUCGACGAUGAAGCCGCCAUGCCGUACAUCCGCGCCGUGAUCAAAGAGAUCCUACGCAUGUGUCCGGUGGCGACAACAGGCUUGCGCCGCAUGGCGGGUGAGUCCUUCGAGUACAAGGGCGUCAAGGUGCCCAAGCAGACAAUUCUGCUAGCCAACAUCAAUGCGCUGCACUGGGACGAAGAACGCUUCGCUGAGCCAUACAAGUUCAAGCCCGAGCGCUAUCUCGACCACCCUUUCCGCUCAGCCGUGUAUGCCAAUUCGGCCGAUGUGGAAGGUCGCGAUCAUUUCACCUUCGGGGCCGGAAGGAGAGUUUGUCCCGGCAUUCAUCUAGCUGAGAACGGGCUGUUCCUGGCGGUUGCCAAUUUGAUCUGGGCUUUUGAAUUCAAGAGGCCUUUGGACAACGUGGGAGUCGAGAAAGAGAUGGAUAUUGGCGACGAGGCGUUCUUGGAUGGCGCGAUUCGUAUCCCAAAGCCUUACGAGGUGCGGAUUGUGCCACGAAACAAGGAGCGAUUGAGACUGGUAAGGGACACUUGGACUGAGGCACAGAGAGUAGGCUAUACCUUGAGAGGUAUGGAAGUGGAUGCAAAGGGCGGGAUCAAGGUGUAA